AGGUGGUGUGGCUGCCUCGUUGCUGGGAUCCUUCAGUGGCACGCUGGGAGUGCAGUUGCGCAUGUGGUCCCUGACGGAGGACGUGGCCUCGCGCAAGGCGUUGCUCUUGCAGUGCUUGGGCUGGAGCUUUUGGCUGCUGGGCCAGGCCUUGGGUCAGGUGGCGAUUCUGUGGGCUCCAGCAUCGCUGGCGGCCUCUGUGACCUUCGGUGGGUCGCUGCUCAGCAAUGCAUUGCUGGCACCGCUGUUGCUUCGAGAAAGGCUUACACGGAUGCACGGGCUGAGCAUUUUUCUGCUGGUGAUGGGUGGUUUGUUGGUCACGUCCUUCUCCAGCCAUGCAACGCAGGAGUACACUUUGCUGCAGCUGGAGAGUCUCGAUGAUCAACCGCAUUUCUUGAUCUGCGCGGGUUGUAUGGCUGCGCUGACGGCUGUCUUGGCGGUACGGGCCUGCUGCAUUCGCUUUCUGGAGUUGUGGAGUUUUGCAUAUCUCUUUGCGGUGGUGGGAGCCAUUGAUCUCCUCGUGACGAAGUUCACGCUUCAACUUCUGCGCCUUUUGGUCGUGGCGGGGCCAAAGGAGCUGCUGCCAGGGAAAGGCUUUGUCUCCGCGUGCGUGGCGGCCAUGAUCACACUCCACAUAUUGGUUUUUGUCUGUCAGGUGGUGGCUGCAUACUACAAGAAGGCGCUUCAAAGCCUGCCUUUGUUCCUUGGCAGCGGUGCUCUCAUGCAGGUGGUCGUUUGCGGCACCUUCUUCAAUGAGUUUGGCAGCUUAGAUGGAAGUCAGCAGGUCUUCUUCAGUUGUGGUUUCAUCUUCGUGAUGCUUGGUCUGGUAGUCACUAGCAUGGCAACUCAAAGCGUGGAGGAGGUGAAAGAUGUGGAGGUGGACAAGGAUUUGAUCGAGGUUGGCGAGCUGCCAGGCUCUAAAGCCAUCAUCACAUCAGGCCGAUUGCAGCGAAACAGUGGCUCCAUCUCAUCCGCCGAUCUGUUCAUGCUCGCAGAGAUUCAGAAAAGUGCAUUGUGCUUUGGCGGUCGAGGCAUCGUUCUUGAAGGCGGAAAUGGCAUGGGCAUGGGUGGCAUGGGUCGGAGACAUGCUUCAGAAGAUCUUUUCAGACCUUUCCUGUCCCCUCGCCAGAGAAUGCUCCGUGCUGCCAGUGCGCCUCCAAUGAUGGAAGGUCUGAAUCAGCUGUCUGGACAGCUGGGAAGCCCUGUUUCCAGUGAAGGUUCCUUGACAUCUGAGAUGCAUCAAACUUCCUGAGAGAGGCAAGACGGCAAGACGCUUCCAAAGGCAGGUGCGGAUAGGUGCGGUGGAUCCGGAGCAGUGACAAAAUCAUGCAUCUCAUGCCGACCAAUGGCUUUGUCUCGGAAGAUGACUGUGAUUCUCAUGUGUGGCUUUCACGUGAAGGGACAAUUGUGAAAACCACAGGAAGUUGGUGUCAACAGGGCAAUGUUCACAGUGUUCACCGUUUUCAGAUCAUCGAAGUCGCGAUGCCUUGUGCUCCUUCGAGUCUUUCGACUCAGCGAACGAGCAAAGUUCCAGAAAGUUCCUCUCGGCGAUUUGCAUCGAUUCACAUCAAUCGUGGUGUCGGCCUCGAAUGGCUCAAAUGGCUGAACUUCUGCAAUGUCGUGAGCAUCAUGGACGUCAUGGACAUGCAAGCUGAGAGUGGAGUUGAGCCGUGCAAAUCAAGG